UCUCUCAUGGUUUAUUUCGGCACUCGUGCCUGAAUGGUAGGCUGGCAUCGGCAGAACAUGAGCGAUGAAGUACGAGCGGUGGGUCAAAUGUUCGCGGCAGACGGCCGUUCGUUCGUUGCGAGCAAGAACAGCGGGGGUAGGCAGAAGACUUACCGGGGCGCGGGCCACACCGGAGGCUGCAAAGCACAAGUCCGCGGCUACAAGGGUGCCGACGGAGUGUGGAAGGUGCACACGAUUGACGCCGCACACACCGACUGCUCCGGCGGCAAUACGAAGGGGAGGACCGCUGCUCUCCAACACCUGGCCUCCACAGCCGUGAAGGACCAUUCGCCCAUGAAUGGCAUGGAGCUCAAGCGCAAGCUGGAGCGGGACACAGGGAUCAAUGUCGCCCACCGGACGGCAAACCGGAUGAAGAUGACAGCAAAGGACGGCGACAAAGCGACGACGGCGGCUGGGUACCAGCUGCUGGGUACUUUCUGCGACCUGCUUCAACAGCAGUGCCCUGGUUCGGUCGCGGAAACCCAGAAACACCCAGACCGCACCUUCAAGCGUGUUUCAUCAUGCUCGGACGUGCGGCGCACGUGGUCACGGAAAGUCCGUUGA